AUAACAGCGUGGGAUCUUGACUUUAAGUGAAUGUUUUUCUUUCGUUUUCCACUUGUAUUGUAAUUGUAAACGCUUCUACAUAAAACAGAAUGGACAGUAAAUACCGUCGCAACGGGCGUUUGCUGGACAUGGUAGACGAGGAGUGGCGCGCGGAGCGGCUGCCCGACGAGGACAUCGCGGUGCCGGCGGAGGAGCUGCCGGACCCCGAGGCUGACAGCGCGGACUCGCACCUCACGCUCAAGGAGCAGAGCAUGCGCUGGCAGGAGAACUUCCCCGAGCCCGCCGCUAACACCGAGCAGUAAUCUAGCCUAGGAACACAUUAAUAUAAAAGACCAAGUACCCAAAUAUCUGAAUAGCCAAGUAAAACUCCUGACCACAAGAUGCAUCAUAAUCGAGACGGAAAAGAUCGCCAAGAAGACUCAUGGUGCCCUGACUAUUUUAAAACAAUUUG